AUGGCUAUCAAAUACGAAGAAUCAGGGGAUGAAACCUACUCAACCGUUCCACUUCAAGACCCAGGUUCUCCAAAUCUCAACGAUGAGAACGAGAAUGAAAAUGAGAAUGAUAACCCAGAACUUCCAACUCCACCUACCUCUCCCAUCAAACAGCCACCUUCCAAAAAGCGUCGUUUGACUGAUGAACCCAUCGAUCACAUCUCAAAAGUCAAAUCAGAGUACCAUCCUACUUCUACUACUACUACCGCCACCACAGAUAUCGAAGCACCAACUAAAAAAGUCUCAACUCCCUCCAAACGCGGUCGUCCAGCUGGCGUGUCCUCGGCUUUUACUCCAGAACAAGACGCUUAUUUAAUCCACCUCCGUCAAAAGUCUUCAAAGGCAGAUGAUAUCUGGGUCGAUUUCGAAAAGAAGUUUCACAGUGGGAAGAGCUCAAAAGAUCUUAAAAACCGUUGGUUCGCGAUAAGGGAUUCAAUGUUGUUAAGCGGUGAUGAGGAUAAACUCUUGAUGGAGACUAUCGAGGAGGUUAUAGGCGACAUCGCGGCUAGCAUUGUUGAGAAGUUUAAAAGUAAGAGUGGAAAGAAGGUUACGAAGGCUUAUGUGCAGAAGAAAAUGAAGGAGGGAAAAGGGAAGGCGAAGAAAGAGUAA